GUGUGGCAGGUGUUCAACAUUUCUUUCUGUACCGAAAGAACACUUUGAGGAGAGCGUUCUAAGUGGCCUAGUUGUUGUUUCCAACUAUUUUUGGAUUCCAGCACAAGACAAUGACUUAAUUGUUUAAAACCACAGAACUGGACAAGACAACAGCUGGAACAGGGAGUGGAGGGUGAAAAAGUGACACACUGGUCCCAUCCAUUUCACCAUGACACCAAGACCGGCAUUAAAAGCAACAUCUCUUCACACCAACACCACAACAGCUGCUCCAGGCUUCCUGCCCUCUUUACUGGACAGGAUUCCUUUGCCAAGAUGGGCCAUCUAUGCCAUAUUUGCCGCCAUCAUCUUGAUCAUUCUUAUCUGCGUGAUAUGCUGCUGUGUAAAAUGCUGCUGCAAGGGGAAAAAGAAGAGGAAGAAGAAGCCGGACCAGAAGAUCAAUAUGAAAGGGAUCUCAGGAACUACAACCGCAGCACUGGUCCAGCCUGAGACAGAAGAUGUGGAGUAUGGCUCAGCUGACCAGCAGAGAGGAAAACUGCAGUACUCACUGGAGUUCAACGCAUCCAAAUCAGAGCUGACUGUAGGGAUAAAAGAAGCUGCCGCUUUGAAAGCGAUGGACUCAGGAGGGACAUCUGACCCUUAUGUGAAAGUCUACAUCCUUCCCAACAAGUCCAAAACAUUUGAGACAAAAGUCUUCAGGAAAACCCUGAACCCAGUGUUCAAUGAACAUUUCAAGUAUCAGAUUCCUCAGAAGGAGCUGAUUGAGUCAACACUGGUGAUGCAAGUCUAUGACUUCAACAGAUUCUCCAAACACGACAUCAUUGGUGAGAUCAGACUGAAUCUGUCAACGGUGGACUGGAAUCAUGUGAUUGAGGAAUGGAGAGAUCUGAGCGAAGCUUCCAAACAUGAGCAAGAACAUCUAGGAGAGAUCUGCUUUUCUCUUCGUUAUGUCCCGGCUAGUAGUAAACUAACUGUGAUCAUACUGGAAGCCAAGAACCUGAAGAAGAUGGACCAGGGCGGCUCUUCAGACCCUUACGUGAAAGUUCAAUUGAUUCUGGAUAAGAAAAAGUGGAAGAAGAAGAAAACCUCAGUGAAGAAGCAGACACUGAAUCCAUACUUCAAUGAAUCUUUCACUUUUGAAGUGUCAUUUGAACAGGUUCAAAAAGUCCAGCUGGUCAUCUCUGUGUGGGAUCAUGACAAAAUGAGCAGAAAUGAUGCGAUCGGCAAAAUCUAUCUUGGCUGCGAUGCUACAGGAAACCAGCUGCGUCAUUGGGCGGAUAUGCUGUCCAACCCACGCAAGCCUGUGGCUCAGUGGCACACGUUACUCUCCUCUGAACAGGUGGACACAACGUUGGCCUUGAAACACACGCUAAAGAUCCCAUUCACAAACAAAACCUUCUGAAAAACCUCCAUUCCCAUUUGUAACAAUGUUCAUAAGAAUUUCAAUAAGUUAUACUGGAGUGUAAUACCCAGACUAUGGACCCCUAAGAAAACAUCUUUAUUUAUCACCAUUCUUUUCCAUUUAUUUAUAACAAUCCAUAUUAUUUUAGUGAAACAUUUCAUUAUUACUAUCUCCUAUGUUGUCUUCUCCAUAAUUUGUAGUUGUUAGCAAGUCUAAUACAUUUUAGUGAAUCAUUCAGAUGAAAGUAAAUAUGUUAGUAAGAAUGAUCUUCUUUGGAAAAGCUAAUUUCUUGUAGUUAAAUGACUUCAAAUCAAAUAUAAUGAAAUAUCUAUCUUUAUUUGUUGUAUUUAACAUAAAUGUAUCUGUAAGAUUAAUUUAAUGCUGUCACAUCACUCUAUUUUUUUGUUUUAUUAAAUUAUCUAUUACUUAUAUAUGCAUUGGUUAGCCACUAUUCUGAUGACCCUGUAUUUAGAGGAAUUUUAUUGUUCAUACAAUUUAUGAACGUGUUUUUAAAACCAGCAAAAACCUUCUCAUGCUCUGAAGCUUGGAAUAAAAUGAUGAUAUGUUCAGAGCUGAGGUUUGAAAAUGCAGACGCGAGACAGUCGUAUCAGGUUUGGCAAGUUCACACACACACACACACACAUAGGUGCAUGUUGAUUUCUCUUGUGACUAUAGUAAGCACUAGAUGAGGGUGUGAAUAUCAGUCUGUCAGCACACAUGUGGGCCAAUUACGGCUUUUAAUGAGGUUUCUUUCUUUGAGCGAGUUUACAGAACGCUAAAGGCUGGAGAACUCAUUAGUUGCUUUUGCACAGUCAUGCUUUAAACACUCAGGUACAUUUUGAAAUGUAUAAUUCAGAAUUCAUUAUUUUAUGUCAGCAACAAGCACAAUGGAAAAUGCUCAGGCACAUUUUGUACCUUCUUCAAAAUGCCCUGUGAUUGAUACAUGUUGUGUUUGUAUGAAAUCAAUGAAACCAAAGCAUUUCAAAAUGUCCAUUUCCACAAAUAAAAAGAUG